CGUCACAUCCGCAAAGACCCACAAUUCGUCAGCCAUUUUCGCCUUUCGCCCAAACGUUCGCGAGAGUUUUCUCACCAAAACUUCGACCAAAAACACGUUGAAUACCCCCUCAAGGGUCCAAACAACCCCCCAACCCCUGAUCGCCCAAUCAACCGAAGUAAACAAUUAAAGUGAACACCCAGAAGAACAAAUACUGAAAAUCCAUAAUCCACCAGUGAGUUCUAAUCAUUGAAAUUGUCGUGUGCUAAUGCGUGGCAUUUCAGAAACAUCUCCAAGUCGCACAAUGGCGGAGGACUUGGACGUGGAGGCGAUGCUCGAGGCACCGUACAGAAAAGGGGAGCAGGAAUCGUCCAAAGAUAAGUCCAGGGAGAAUGGGUCCAGUAGGAGAGGUUCUGGGAAAAGCAGACAUCGAUCUCGCUCCCGGUCAAAAUCGAGAGAGCGCCGAUCACGUCGAUCACGAGAUCGUGAAAGGGAUGGACACAGGGAGAGGGACAGAGAGAGGGAGAGGGAAAGGGAGAGGGAGAAGGAGAGAGGGGAUAGGGGCGAUCGUGAGCGCGAGAGGGACAGGAAGAGGAGAUCACGGUCUAGGGACAGAAAGGAGAAGGAGAGACAUCCUGAGCGCGGCGAUCGUGAGAGGACGAGGGAGCGGGAGAGGGAGAGGGAGAAGGAUCGCGACAGGGAGAGGGGAAGGAGGAAGAGGUCCCUGACGCCUAUAACUCUCCCCAGGGCUCGGCCUCCUUUUGGAAAAGGGGUCAGUCCUCUUGGAAUAAGAACAGAUGAAUUAACUCCAGAAGAGCGUGACGCACGUACAGUCUUCUGCAUGCAGCUCUCGCAGAGAAUUCGAGCCCGCGACCUCGAGGAAUUUUUCUCAUCAGUUGGCAAAGUCCAAGACGUCAGACUGAUCACUUGCAACAAGACGAGAAGAUUCAAGGGUAUUGCUUACGUCGAGUUCAAGGAUCCCGAGAGUGUGACCCUGGGUCUGGGUCUCUCCGGCCAGAAACUCCUGGGUGUUCCGAUAGUGGUGCAGCACACACAAGCUGAGAAGAACCGAAUGGGUAAUUCCAUGCCAAAUCUCAUGCCCAAGGGCCAGACCGGACCCAUGAGACUGUACGUCGGUUCACUGCACUUCAACAUCACCGAGGACAUGCUCAGGGGCAUCUUCGAGCCCUUCGGAAAGAUCGAUAAUAUCCAACUGAUCAUGGAUCCGGAGACUGGACGCAGCAAGGGGUAUGGAUUCUUGACUUUCAGAAAUGCUGAUGAUGCUAAAAAGGCUCUGGAGCAGUUGAAUGGGUUCGAACUUGCUGGAAGGCCCAUGAAGGUAACUGAUUAUGUUGGAAAUGUCACUGAGAGAACUGAUCUAAUGCAGGGACCAUCGUUGUUGGACACUGAUGAACUCGAUAGGAGUGGAAUCGAUCUUGGAGCCACUGGAAGGCUACAAUUGAUGUUUAAACUAGCAGAGGGAACUGGCCUGGAGAUACCACCAGCUGCUGCUAAUGCCUUGAACAUGGCACCUGUGAUAUCAACCCCCCAGCCACCCCCUCAGGCAGCACCACCGAUAGCUACCCAGUGUUUCAUGCUGUCGAAUAUGUUCGAUCCCCAAAAUGAAACCAACCCCACCUGGUCCAAGGAAAUUCGUGACGACGUGAUAGAGGAAUGCAACAAGCACGGUGGAGUCCUCCACGUCUACGUGGACCAAGCCUCGCCCCAGGGAAAUGUCUACGUUAAAUGUCCAUCAAUAGCCACAGCAGUGGCAGCAGUCAACUCACUCCACGGUCGUUGGUUCGCUGGCAGAGUCAUCACAGCUGCUUACGUACCACUCGUCAACUAUCACUCACUAUUCCCCGACGCCAUGACGGCGCUGCAACUGCUCGCACCGAGUGCACCGAGACGAGGGAUUUGAUCGUCUUAAUUAAUUGAGGAUUAAGCUACAAUUUCGAGGUGCUGCGGCCGAUCCUAGCUCGGCCGGGCACUUUUUUUUCACGAAAACCUGCAUAAAUAUCAGAGUCAUGAAGACUUUUCAAUGAUUUAUCUGUUGUUGGAUGAUUAUUUUUAAGACGUGGAGGGUUUUUUUCUUUGUGAAGUGGCUGAGACGUGGAAAUAUCUUCGGGCUCGGCUCCUUUAUCUGCCAAACGACGUGCAGAUUUGCUUUUUUGUUCGAUUACCUCGAAAUUUCAACUCGACGCCCCGUCACUCAGAGAUUAUGAAUUUGGAUUGGAAAAAAAAGUCAAAAAAAUUGCAGACAGCUGUAAUUGUACGUAGAUACGUCAAUGGUCUUUCCUUCUUUCUCGAAUUUUCUAAAAACUCCCUGAAUUUAUAAUCUAUAAUAAAUUCAGCAGCGAAGUGGUAAACCGGUUUAAGUCGAC